GAGAGAGAGAGAGAGAGAGAGAGAGAGAGAGAGAGAGAGAUGUAUGGAUUUGACGUGAAAUUCAGACAAUUAUCCUAUUGGAGGAGAUGUAGAAGCAGGUCAGAUGAUCAGUCGAGUAUCAUCUUUGGAGGAAGCUGCUCACCUAGGCCGGAUGUAGGGUUCCGUGAUAAAUAUUGAUCAUUUGCCGUAGGCGGCGCAGAGCACAAUUCAGUACCAUAUCCGAAGACAGCUCCUUCAUGACGCAAGGUCUGUGUACGUCCAGUGUCUGGCUGUGUAGGCGUGUAUGAUUUGCAGCAGAGAUAAGCGAGUUUUAUUCAACCAGACCCAGUUGAUUUGGAUUAGGUGUGUGUAGAGUUACUGUGUUUGUUUCCGAAUCACAGCUGAUUGUUCCUCGAUUCGGUCGGGUUCUACCAGCAGUUAGAGAUGGCGGAGUGUGGGCGGAAGGCGCUGUCCCUCAUGGAGGCGGCCCGCUCCCGCUACGAAAGCUUGCAGAUUUCUGAUGAUGUUUUUGGAGAAUCUGGAGAUGACAGCAGCGAAAACCCCUUCUACAGCACCUCGGGAGACUCCAACUCUGAGAACUACACCUCCGAGAGCAAUGGAGAUGAGCAGAGGUCUGACGACAUGGCUGGCAAUGAAUUAGGAGGCCCCCCCGGCUCGGUGUCAAACAUCCAGGCAGAGGAAGAGGGCUGGACCGAUACCCUGCGAGAAAUCACCGUGCCUCCUUUCAAAGAUACCUGUGGUCCAGCUCAAAAGAUGCCAGCCACUGCAAGUGCCAUAGACUUUUUUCAGCUCUUUGUCCCUGAUAAUGCAAUACAGAAUAUGGUAACUCAAACAAACAUGUAUGCAAAGAAGUUCCAGGAGAGAUUUGGGAGUGAUGAAGGAUGGUGCAAUGUCACACUGUCUGAGAUGAAAGCCUUCUUGGGUUAUGUUACCUCAACAAGUAUUCACCGCUGUGAGUCUGUCCUCAGCAUCUGGAGCAGUGGAUUUUAUAGCAACAAGAGCAUUGCGCUAAUCAUGACCCAGUCCAGGUUCGAGAAGAUCCUCAAAUACUUCCAUAUCGUAGCUUUCCGAUCCAGCCAGACCAGCAAUGGGCUUUAUAAGAUUCAGCCUUUUUUGGAUUCACUGCAGCAAUCAUUAGAGUGUUCUUUUAGGCCUUCACAAACCCAGGUGCUGCAUGAACCAUUGAUUGAUGAGGAUCCUGUUUUUAUUACCACAUGUACAGAACGUGAAUUACGAAAAAGGAAAAAGCGAAAAUUCAGUCUUUGGGUGAGGCAGUGCACUGCUACAGGUUUUAUUUGCCAGGUUUAUGUUCACUUGAAAGAAGGGGCUGGUCCUGACAGUUUAGACACAUUAAAGAACAAACCGCAGCUACACAGUUUAGUUGCAAAGCAGCUCUGUCAGAAUCUUUCUGGGAAGAAUUCUAUCAUUUUCACCGGCCCGAGCAUCACCAGCCUCAACCUGUUUGAAGAGUUUGAGAAAAAAGAUAUAUACUGCUGCGGGCUUCUCAGCUCAAGAAAAAGUGACUGCACAGGCCUUCCACAGUCCAUGUUAACCAACCAUGAUGCUCCACAGAGGAGAGGACAGUACAAAACCAAGAUGAAAGGAAACAUGUCCUUGAUCUGCUGGUAUAAUAAAGGCCAUUUCCGCUUUCUCACCAAUGCUUACUCUCCAAGCAAACAAGGAGUGAUAAUCAAGAGGAAAAGCGGUGAAGUCCCCUGUCCUUUAGCAGUAGAAGCCUUUGCAGCACAUCUGAGCUACAUCUGCAAGUAUGAUGACAAGUACAGCAAGUAUUUCAUUUUCCACAAACCCAACAAGACUUGGCAGCAAGUAUUUUGGUUGACAAUAAGCAUAGUUAUAAAUAACGCCUAUAUCCAAUACAAGAUGUCUGAUGCCUAUCACAUGAAGCGCUACAGCAGAGCACAGUUUGGUGAGAGACUUGUUAGAGAACUGCUGGGUUUAGAGGACUGCUCCCCCACACAAUGAUGCACUGAUGUGCACUCCCAUGCAUUUGUGAAGAAAGAGGUACUUGCAUUUGUUGGAAAGCUCCAAAAGACUCUGGGCAAAUUGUAAAGGUGUCAACAUCACCAGGACUGAAGAAUGCAGCUCUUCCAAACUUGAUAACACUUGUCAUUCUCUGUGCAGUAAUGCAGGACACAAGAUAACCAUAUGUUUCAAUAAUCUCAGUAUGUAGGUUGCAUGGUGAAAAGUAAAACCCAACUAUGUAUUUUUCCUAAUUUUUUUUUUGUUUAUAUAUUUUAAAAAAUCACGUUUUAGUCUUUUCAUUUUAUUAUUUGUAGUAUACACUUUUGAAAUGCAAGUAAAAAAUGAUGUUUGGGUUUUGUGACUACCCAUAGUGAAAGGGCACGUAGCAAUAUAUGUCUAUAUAUAUAAAUGAAUGCACAUACUAUAUAUCCAUAUCAAAUCUGUUGUGUGCUAUGAAAAGGCAGAUAACCAUGUGUGAAAGUACUGGAACAACAUAUACAGCACACACUAAAUUAUAUAUGCAGUAACAAUUCAUAUACGCAUUGUGUACUUUUCCGAUUGGUUAGCUGGUGGGUUAAGACAAUCAUAACCUUCUAUAUCACCAGAGCUGACAAGCCAUUCACAAUCUGCUCAAAACAAAGAAAUUCAGACUUGUGUAUUGUAUGUAAUGCUGUUGUUUAAAUGUGAGGUGGGUAUAAAGCAGUUAAUGGUUUGCCUAACCAGUUUACUUGAUGUGACACCUUCUGUCAUCGACCUAAAUGUACUGAAAGUACCUGUAUGCAGUCAGCUUUUUUGUAUACACAUGUGUAAUGGUGGCUUUCUUCUGUUCACUUUGAAUUGGACUCACAGCUAUUAUUAUUCUGAAAAGAGAUUUUAAAUUUGCUUAAAGGUGCCCCAGCGACAAAGCUUUUUAUUUUGAUGCUUAUCCCAAUGGCAUUGUGUGGUGUUGAACUAAAUUAAGAAGAAUGUGACCCUGAUAUCUUUUUGAGAAAUACAAUUAACUGAACUGUUUGUUUUAAAACCAGUAACAAUGAAGUUAACAUAAACACUCAAAAGUUAGUCUAAGUUGUUAUACUAGAUUUGUAUCACUUAUUUUAUUAUGCAGUACAAAGAAGCAAAGGCUUUUAUAAAUCAGGCACAUACAUAGACUUUUUUCAUAGUCUCUACAGUUAAAACCAAGAGCAGGCCUGUUGCCACUCCAUGUUUUGUUGACAGUGAGGUUUGGUGGAUGAAGUGAAGGCCUGUUUGUGAAUUGCUCAGUGUAUCACCAAUGGAGGAAGUGCUGUCUGACAAUGCAUGGAAGUAUAUUUCUGUUUCUCAAAUUGUCUCAGAAUGCUCAUGUUGUACUUUUAUUUCUUUACAGAAGUAAAACUAAAUAUGUUUGAAGUAUAUAUCGAUUCCUGAUCAAAGUUGCGACAAAUUACUUUAUUAGAAUUUGUGGAAAGACCACAUAUCUAUUUGGCAAAACUGAUCUGAGCCUGCUGGGUACAUUUUAGUACCGCCUCAAUGUGCUCAAAAUGUGUGUAGCCGAAUGUAAAACACUUCAACAAAGUUUCCUGUCUUCAGUCUGUCUAUCUUUGGAUUUAGCUGGAAGUGAACACAGUCUGGAAGGAUUCCAGUUUAAAUGUGUAUUGCCCUAAUAUUAAUUAAAGUAGUGCAUGUUUCUGGAAUAUAAUGCAACAUAGGAAUGAAUUUGAUCCCAAAGUCUUAAUUUAGUGUUUCAUGAAUCUCUAAGUCUUAUAUGCUAUAUGCUAAACUUGCCAAUGUAUGCAAGCAACAUACUUAUCUCCCCACAUAGGAUAUAAAGAACACAUAAUUAUUGACCCUGAACUUAUUCCUUCUGUGGACAACUUUCCAUGCAGUGUUUGAUAAAUUCCAGUGAAAUAUCAAAUCUGUUAUAAAAUAUUAAGUCUAAUUGAUAAUACAAUGCUCCUGCCUCGUAAACAACAAAAGUAAAUGUAAAUGAGGAGAGUUGGAUCAGAAGCCAUAAAUGUUCAGUACCAUCAGUGACCAAUAAUUCAGGUUUCACUGCAGUUUAACUUCUGUCCUGAAUACAUGCUUUUUAAAGCUAAAAAAUUUGAUUUUAUGGAACGUUUUUCAAUUUAAAGGUUCAAUAAAACAAACCUUUCUGAUAUGUUUUUGCGUUUGAGAAUACAGUCCAAGACAGAUGCUUUCCUGGAGAAUGUGAGUAUGGGCCUGUUUUUCCCCAAAGUGGAUCAAUCACCUAUGUAACACAUUUACUACCGAGGGGGCAAUUUGCCUGUGAAUUGCCCAUAGGGGAAAUAUAGGCCAUUAUGUUUACACAGUAUGUGAUGCAGCUGGUCCAGUAUAUUUGUAGUUGGUUCUCCUUUUGUAAAGUGAGUGGCACAUCAACUGAAUGAUACAUCAACAUCAAUUGGAUUAAGGCACUUUCCCAACAACUUUAAUAACUGUUCCCCCUCUCUCUCUGGGGAAACAGUGACCAAAGCUGCAAGAUUAAAUCAAUGCAAGAAUUUAGCUUUUUGCGUGCUGUCAUCUUAGAAGUUUAGGCUGAAAUUCAGGGGAGCAAUUAUUGAAUGAUUGCUCUCUCAUUAGGAUUAUUGAAUAAUUUUUCUCUCAUCAGAUAACUUUCUCGUAUGUUAUAGAAAUCUCAGGUAAAGUCACCUGGGCAUUGCCAUCGCAAUCCCAGUUAUAAUCCUAAAACAGACACCACUUUUCGUUUUAUUUCUGCAGUCUGUGCUUCCCCAGAUGUCGCCAGGCUUAUGCUUACAUUGUUACAUUUUUCUGUGCUUUGGUUGUGAGAAACUUUGUAGGAGCGGUUCACUCUGGUUUGUCUGUCAUUUUUUUUUUUUUUGGGGGGGGGGGGGCUGCAAUGCCUCUCCACUUAUGUUCUGCCGUGAUCUGUGUUUUGUUGUGCUUUUACUUGUUUGUACAGUUUGUACGGUCCUGAGCCAGUAAUAUCCUCAGCAGCGGUUAUUACCUAAUUGUGGUUUAUAACAGAAGGAAUACCCUCGGCAGGGUCAUUACCUGAGUUUGGUCAGUAAUACCCUCGGCAGCUGGCACUACCUGAGUUUGGUCAGUAAUACCCUCGGCAGUGGUCAUUACCUGAUUUUGGUUUAUAAAUGGCAGGAAUACCCUCGGCAGGGUCAUUACCUGAGUUUCACCACGUAAACAUUAACCAGUACCUUAUCAUUUCUGAUAUCUAUUCGGCCAAACAGAAUAUUGCUUGUAUGCCCGGUGUGGGGGCCAUCUCUCUGCCAGUUUCCUCCCACAAGGUUUUUUUUCCAUCUCUGCUGAGUGGUGAGAUUAGUCCAUAAUUAUUUCACUGGUUGCCUACGAGGGCUUGAGAGUGAAAGGGUUGGCGUGAUGGACAGCGAGCUUGGGCGCGUGUGAGCGUUUGUGUGACAAUGGUGUUAGAACAGGCUGGACAGAUCCCUGUACUCAAGUCAGUUAGCAUCCUCUGGCUGCUGGGCGACAAGGAGAAUGAAAGACAAACCUCUGGAAACCUCUGGUGGACCUGGCGGAGAGGGACUGGUGACCUGCACAGCUGAAGAGGACCAGCUCCCUAUGGUUUUAAUCAGGUGCUGGAUGACUCCAGUGUGUGUUGCAUAAGUGGCUGCUACUACCCGGAAGGAGUGGGGAGAAUAAAACUGAGGGGAGAGCCCGGACCCGGACAGAAUGAUGUUGAGUUGGGAAGCAAACCAAUGUCUUGUAAUGACGGUUCUUGAAGAGUGGAUGAAGAAAUGAUCUGAAGGGAGAAGAGUUCCUGGUGGCAAGGUACUUGGUUAGGGCAGAACUAGGACAGAGAGGAGAGUCAAUUUUUGAGAACUGAACGCACUGACCUUGAUGUAACUGGUCUGUUUUCGAAGUCCUGAUGAUUUCCAUUACACGAGAGUAGAUGUUAAAACUUCAUGCUGAUUUGAACUCGGCUCUCGCCAAGAUAAGCACCAACUAAGACGUAGCUUUACAGUAAACUAAUGUGAUCCAUAUGCGUCUCCAUCCAUUUACGUUUCCUUCCAUAUGAUGAUGUAGAUAUCCUUCUGUCUGGUGUUAAUGGCUGAAGUGUAAUGCUGGCUCCAGGGAUCAGCUUAUUUUGCCUCCCUGGCGCAUCAGCACACACAACGGCUGCGAUGCUGGCUCCGGGGAUCAACCAAAGUGCGGCCUCCCCAGCGCAUCAGCAUGACAACCGUCUGGAUUGAGCUAAGUAGGGUACAUCUCUGGGGUUUUCAAGUGGGCACCUUCCAUCCUCAGUGUUUCGUCGACUAGCCCACGACACCUCAAGAGGGCUCGACGGUGAUUCUGGCGUCCCAGCAUCACCCCCCUCCGUCCCCCACUCAACUCAGCCCAGCUUACUUACCUGUCCCCAGCCAGAAUCUUUCCGUCUCAACCACAGCCAGUUGCUGCUCCUCUCUGCUGCUUCAGAUAAGUUCUUCACUGUGCGACGCAACUCUUGGCCACUGAAUCCAACGUCUCUGAGAAACCGGGUUGUAGAGUGUGCCACAAAUCCUCGACAACCCACUUCCACUGGGUAAACCCGAACUCUCCAUCCUCGCUGUUCCGCUUCAGUGGCUAGUUGAGCAUACCGCAGUUUCUUCCUCUCAUACGCCUCAUCUACAGCGUCCUCCCAUGGCACUGUUAACUCUACCAGGUGAACAAGGCGUGCUGAUCCAGACCACAAGACAAUAUCUGGUCGAAGGUUAGUGGUGGCAAUCUCAGGUGGAAAAAUAAGCCGUUGACCAACAUCUGCCAGCAUAUUCCAGUCUCUAGCAGCUUCCAGUUAUCCUGGGCGAGGAUUGGUUUUAACACCU